AUGGCCAACGGAGACGUGAUUCCUUCUACAUUCCAAACAGGUCUUAGAGUCCUUGCCAUUGACCAUGACAUCAAUUCCCUUGAAAUCAUCAAGCAACUGUGCAUUGCUUUCGACACAUGCUCCGAUAGUUUACUUGCUUUGAAUCUUGUUCAUGAAAGAAAAGGGUGUUUUGAUAUCAUACUCAUUGAUGUUCACAUGCCAAAUAUGGAUAGCUACGAAUUUCUUCGCCGUGUUAUCCAAGAUAUCGACGUUCUUGUUAUCAUGAUGUCAGAUGAUGAUGAUGAUGAAAGUGCGAUAUUAAAGUCAAUGAAUGACGGGGCUUGUGAUUUAUGGACUAAACCACUGCGUGAGUAUGAUGUUAGGAAUAUGUGGCGGCAUGUUGCAAGGAAAGUUUUGAAUGAUAAAAAAAACCAAAAGAAACUUGGCAGUUUGGAUAAUAAUAAUGGCCAAAAUCAGAGGAAUGGCGAUUCUGAGGUGAAUUCUUCUGUUAUCAAUGCAACUGAAGGAGUCCAAACAAAUAGCAAUUUAAACGAAUCAGAAAAUAAUUAUCAACCUCCGGCAAGGAGGCCCCGUCUGGUGUGGACAUCAGCAUUGCAUAAUCAUUUUGUUGCUGUUGUGAACCAACUUGGGGUUGACAAAGCUGUGCCAAAGAGAAUUCUUGAAUUGAUGAAUGUCCCUGGUCUGACAAGAGAGAAUGUUGCUAGUCAUUUGCAGAAACAUAGACUUCAUUUGAAAAGCAAGAAUGAAGCUGCCCGGCAACAAAACGAGAUGUCAAUGGCAAACACUGUUCCUAGUUCUACAGAAACUAAUGCUGAAGCCCCACGAGAGAUGCCAAUGCCAAACACCGUUCCUAGUUCUACAGAGAUGUCAAUGCCAAACACCGUUCCCAGUUCUACAGAAACCAGUGCUGAUGACUUUCAAGCUUUGGCUGCUGCUACUAAUCUUUCCUAUGAAACACUGCCAAAUCUUCCUCCCAACAUGAUGCUAACAGAGGCCCAAAAUGCACUUAUAGGAUGGUCCAACCAGUACAAUACAGAACAAACUAACGCAUAUGCUCAUGCUCCUCUUAACAUGGCCAUGCCUUUAGACCAUGAUUCAACAAGUUACCUGACAUGGCCUCCAUCUAAUACAAUUGAUAAUUUAGUUGGAAACUUUGGCACAUUAUUGGCAGAUCAAAGGCAAGAGAAUCAACUAUCACUCUUACAUCAUCAUGUCCAUAGUCAACCUCCGCCCAUAACGGUUUCUGGAAGCUUUUCUUCUGCUAUCCAUAAUUACAACUUUAGACGAAACACUCUGAUUGACCAUGGCUUACUGUCACCUCAACCUCAACUAAGUAGUUCACUUGGUGCUGUUGAAGUUCCUGGUGAAAACGGAGGCAUAUUCCAUCUUCGAAACUCAAUUUUGCCAAGGAGUGCCAUGAGAAUUAUUUCUGACAUUUAAUGCCUUUUUACUCCUACUAAGUUAACAUGUAUCGUUUUAACAUUGCACAAACACUACUUUUACCCUU